AUGGGAUCAAAGGUGUCGGUGAUUGUACAAACAGAGCCAAAGGGUAAGUUUGUCGGUGAGGGCAAUGAUAUUAUUAUCAUAAGUACAAAACACAGUCUACUCAGCGGUUACGAAGCAGCUGCAUACUUCCUGUUCUCUCUCACCUACCUCAUCACCCGAUCUGUUGCCGUCUCGCUCAUCGCGUCACAAGUUAACUCGGCCUCAAUGGUGCCAGCCCCAGUGUUGUAUGACGUUCCAUCGCCAGUGUAUUGUGUUGAGGUUCAGAGGUUCCUGGAUCAAGUAAACGGGAACAAAGUCGCAUUGAGUGGGCUACAGUUUUUCAGCGUUACACGUGGCUUGCUUCUUACUGUGACCGGAACUAUAGUGACGUACGAACUAGUGAUGUUCCAGUUCAACGGGCCUCAAUCAGUUGAUACAACAGUGACAACAAUAAUGUACAACACUACUACUGUAUCUACAUUAUAA